GGGCUAAACGGUUCUACCAGUGUCAAGUCGGGGGUUGCGGAUGACAACACGUGACAAACGUAUCAAAAAUCCCAUCGAAGAAACGGAAAUUGCUGGAAUGUUUCGACUACUUCAUUGUUCUGAUUACAGUGCGCUUUUUUGGAAAUUAUCCCAUUUUUAACAAAAUCCAAUGAUAAAUAGAUUUACGAAGGUGUGAAACUAGUGACAUGUCUUAGAAAGUUCGAGUCAAUAAAGUGUACGGUAAAUUUAAAUUAGAGACAGAAUCAAGAGAGCGACUUUUAUCGUGCGGUGUGUUUGUGAAAUGAUUAGUUACUUAACUUAUUCUCCAACUGUAUAACUUCAUGCGGAACAAGAAAAUUUGCUAAAUGAUUCAAAGUGAACGGUUUCUAAUCUCCACAUUCGACAAAUGCAUCAGGAAACAAUGUUGAGAUUCAUUUGUCACAAGAUUCGCAAAAGGAAACAGCUUCAAUGAUCCAACCGCUCUGGAAAGUCGAGGUAAAGGAUCAAAUCGAUCAAAUAGCAAAAGGACGAAGAAUAAUGCAGUCGACCUGUCAACAGCAACAACAACAGGCACAGCAACAAAAUGGCACAUCGGCCAGCCGAACGUCCUUCCUGAUCGAGGACAUUCUCAGCAGGAACAACGUGCCCCCUCACUCCCAACACCUCCAACUCCAUCACCACCAGCAUCAUCAUCAUCUAACGCCUUCCCAUACUCACCAGCAUCAGCAAUACCAACAGUUUGCGAGUCUUCUGCCCGGAUAUCCUGCCGCCCCGCCGGCUGCUGCCUUCUUCCUCGGACCACUUUUCGGUAGCACCGGAAUGGGCGUCGGGGUCGUUCCUGGUGUCAGCGAACUCGCCGCAUUAAAGCACUGUCGCAGAAGAAAAGCCAGAACAGUAUUUAGUGACCAACAAUUGGCUGGCUUAGAAGCGAGAUUCGAAGCGCAAAGGUACCUAAGCACUCCGGAGAGAGUAGAACUCGCGGCAGCUCUACAUCUCUCCGAAACCCAGGUGAAAACUUGGUUUCAGAACAGACGAAUGAAACAUAAAAAACAGCUGCGAAAGCUCAACACUAACAACAACGGCAAUCAAGUUUCUGGUCAGCAGCAGUGUGGAGGUCAAUCAAUUUCUGCAGCCGAGAGGCCAGUUGACUUUUCCCUGUCGGGAGGUCGGGAAUCUCGAGCGAGCAGCGAUGCAAUUGUUGACUCCGAUGAAGAUGAAAUCGAUGUUCUGGGGGACGAGACACCCUCUCCAAUUCAGGACACCACGUUGCGUUUGCCGAGACAUGGUUCGCCACCAACGAGUUUUCAAUCCAUCCAUCCACAUCCGGUGACCCUCUCUCAUCAGCAGCAUCAUCACAAUCGCUGAUUGUGGCGGGACACACUUUCUUUACCUGAAAUCCGAUGCCUAGUCAAUUUCUUCGACGGUCGCAACUCGCAGCAGUGCCACACAUCGCAGAGAAAAGUAAAUGAUUCUUAACAAACUAUUUGUGGAGAGUGAAUAGACUUAUUAUUAGCAACAUUAAUGUUCAAGCAGUCAAAAAUCGUGACGCACAAAAACAAAAUAAAAACAUUGUUGUAAUUAACAAGGUUGGACACUUUUUCUUGAUAUCCUCAGAUAUCAAGUUAUAAUAAAAUUAAUAAUAAUACCAAUAAAUAAUAAUAAAAACAUUUUAA